AUGUCGAAGGCCGCCAAGAAGAAGUCGAGCAAGAAGGCCAGAUCCGGAUCGGAGGUCGCUCAGUUCGACCAGAAAACGAUCAACGAAUUCAAGGAAGCCUUCGGUAUUAUGGACCAAAACAAAGACGGAAUCAUCGACAAAAAUGACCUCAAGGAUUUGUACGCCACAAUGGGGCAAAUCGCCUCUGACAAACAAAUCGAGGACAUGAUUAAGGAAGCCCCAGGGCCAAUCAAUUUCACCGUCUUCCUCACUUUGUUCGGCGAGCGACUGACAGGAACCGAUCCGGAGUCAACCAUUAUUGGUGCUUUCGCGAUGUUCGAUAAGAAGGAAACUGGAAAGCUUUCAGAAGAGGAUUUGUUGAAGAUUCUCCAGAACAGAAGAGGGGAGCCUUUGAAUGAUGACGAGAUCAAGGCUAUGUACAAGGUAAAUUCUAGAAAAAAAACCGUAUCAGAACACGUUUUUGCUGUACAAAUGUCAUUUUGC